ACAAACCUGUACACUUUUGUCAUGUGACUUGACAUGGGAAAGUAAAAGUAAAGGAGCUUCCACCAAAUAAAAACAAAAAACAUGUUAAAGCCUAAAGCACUCACUCAAGUUCUAAGUCAGGCUAAUACAGGCGGUGUUCAAAGUACUUUACUCCUAAACAAUGAGGGUGCCUUGUUAGCUUACUCUGGAUAUGGAGACAAGGAUGCGGCUGUUACAGCUGCCAUUGCCAGUAACGUCUGGAUGUCAUACCAGAAAAGUGGGGCUGUUGCCUUCAGUGACGACAAACUCAAAUUCAUCAUGUUAGAGUGUGAGGAGGGGAAAGUUGCCAUUACUAAAGUAGCCAAUCUUUUGUUAUGCAUUUGUUCUAAAGAAAAUGUGGGAUUUGGUAUGCUAAAGGCUAAGAUGGAGGCAUUGGCAAGCUACUUGGAGGAGCCAUUAUCACAGGUUGCAGCUUCUUGACACGGAUUCUAAAUGCUGUAUUUUCAAAUCCUAAUAGGGAAUUAUAACUGUAUUAUCAAUGCUGGAGCACAUAGUGGUGCAGUAAAAACUGCCAUAAUAAUUAAAUUUCUUGACUCAGCUGGGUAUAUUAAAGUGACUUACUUUACAUUUGGCACAGCAUUUCAAACUGAGAAAUGUUUUGUUUGCAUUUUUUUUUUGGCAUAUGAUAAAUAUAAUGUUAUAAAUGUUCAGAAUAAAACAUUGUAUUUUA